AUGGUCAACAUCAGGGCUGGACUGGCCAUCGGGCGUACCGGGCAAUGCCCGAAGGGCCGAUGCCCAUAUUUGGGCCGGGGAGCGCGCGUGUCCGCGGGGCACCUGCUGUAUGUACUCGAACGGGAUUCCAUCGCCUCAGCGGCCGCAGUGUUCCCGCAUCCAGCGGCUCUGAGCUGGACGCAGGAACCGCUCACCGGGAGCCGCUCACAACACAACACGGUGAGCGCGUAG